CUCGCAUCGCUGUCUCAGCCCCGCGCUAUACAGCGUCAACCUCGCCAAAUGCAGGGCGCCUUAGGGAAGUAGGUAGUACAUACCACACACAUAAAGGAGACGUAAAGUAGGAAUGGUCCUGAUAGUUAGCCAUAUGUCCCCAUCAUAUUGCUUUAGUCUGACCAUGUCCGAGGUUCCCCAGACCCCCAAGUCUCGACCACGAUUUAGUGGAAGCGAGUCCCUAGGUGGCUCUUCCAGUCGAGAGGGCUCUCCUGCUCCCUCUCCGGGAAGUGUCUUCAGUCUGUCGGAUUCAAUCGUCACCGAUAUCACCACAGACUAUGGCUGGGAGACCCCGGUCAGAGAUCCAGAAUCCAAGACAAAAACCGACAGCCUCGCAGAGAGAGAGAAAGAUGAGGACGUCUCAUCCCCCAUCGUGGGAGAAAAGAAGCCCCGCCGACUCCGAACAGCUUCAGGAUCGGAGGACAAUCCUUUGGUGCUGAGCAAGCGAAAGAAGGACGAUGGAGUUUCUUCUGUCACCGACAAAGAGGGUUUCUCCCGCCAAUUGCCGGAGGGACUUGACCUACUUUCCAUCUAUGACAAGUCGAUGGGAAGAAAGCGAUUGCGGCAGACGAGGCUCGAGCACUGGAUAGCCGGGAGUGCCAAUGACAUCAGCACCGAUUUUGCAGGCGUCGGAACAAGGAUCCUGAGGCCUAGAGCAAGGAGCCAUAGUGCCGCAAAGCAAAAGGCCUGGCCUGACCCGAUUCCUAGGACACCGGAGCAGGUCCCUGACACAAACUAUCCCGUUCCGACAAUUGAAAUCACCGAAGCCGAGAGCAGCGAAGAGGACUCGCAAAUUCCAUUCUCGUUGGGUCUACUCGAAACCCUCCCUUCAGCGGAUUGCAUAAGGAAAGCGCAUCGAGAGUCGCUGUGCAAAAUCCUGCCAUUCGAGAUUCAGCAGCAUUUGACGGAAGAUAGCUCACAUUGCCCAGCCUGGACACGCAGCCGUCAGCGAUGCAAGAGAACACGUCAAGUGGAUGGAAAGCACAUUGUGCAGUCACUACAGAGCUUGAAGACAUUGAAUCCCAGCGAGAUCUUCCACUGCAUCGAUAAAAUUGUGGAAGCAACAGUGUGCCCUCACUCACACAAAAAAAUCGCGAAAAGAGAGCUGCAAAGCUGGGAGGAAGACUUUAAGAAUCUCUCCCGGAUCCGAGACCUCAACCAUAUCUUUCGACCGGAAGAUGACCGCGUAUUAGCUCUUGUCAACUGGCUUUUCCACCUCAGCAAGGGGAGCGUAUCCCAACUUCAAAACAAAAGCUUCACUCCAUCAAAGCCGGGGAAGGACGAUUCAAGCAAGGUCCCUCCGGUACUCAAUUUGAUUCAAGAAUUCAAGCCCUAUGCCACCAAGAAAUUGACAGGGUCUGUGUCGGAGGAGCUCGCAGCGCUUCUUACAAAGCCCUUGUCGACGAGGGAGAUCAAAGAGCAAGGCUCGAUGUAUAUCUUCUGGCAGCCCGGAAAUUUCGGACACCUAAAGAUCGGCAAGUCCGGCAACGUGCACCGCCGUAUGAGAGAGUGGAUUUCGCAAUGCAAGAAGCCGAUUGAAGUGUUUUUCCCGAAGCUGUCGGAAGACGGCAACUCGGACGCAGAGGAGGUGCAACCCGUGCAGCACAUCUAUCGCGUGGAGGCUCUGGUGCAAAUGGAACUAAGGUACUGCCGACGAACCGAGGCGAGAUGUCCUGGCUGUUUCAAAGCCCACGUGGAAUGGUUUGAGAUUCCACGAGACAUCGCAGUGGAGGUGAUAAGCAAAUGGAUGGCUUGGAUGCGGACUUGCCCCUACGAGAGGCGGUUGAUACAGGUCGAAGAGGGAGAGGAAGAAGAGCAAUGGGUGCUCAAACAGCAAGAAGAACAGCGGGUGAGCGAGUUGUCUCAGCCACAUCGAUCAGUUGCGGUAUCUGGCCCUGCCAUUGCUCCUAUUACUCCUGGUGUUCCUGGUGCUCCUCCCUCUCGACUUUCGCUUCCCAGCUGGGAGAGAGACAGCAGUCGGCGACUCAGGAGGAAAUCAAUGUAGCAAGAUGUUAAGUCCAGCUAUCUCUGGUGAACAGUUCGUAGCAAUCAGCGAGUAGAAGACCUCAACGAUGAUGGAUUGUUGCCUUGACUGGAUGCAGUAGGAAGGUAGUAGCAGGUAGCAGGGAGU